AUGAUGGAUCCCGGAGGCACCAACCCCGGUUUCAACUUGCAAGUCUUUAUCCACACCACCUUCAUCAUCUACCUCAUCAUUUGUGGACUCCUGACCAUCUUCUUCCUGCUCUACUUCAACAGACUCUUCGGGUCCAUUGUCUCAUACGUCAUCAGGACGUACACCUGGCACCGGUACCGUAUAUAUAUUGACAUUAGGGCUCUUCAAAUCUCUCUUCUUGGAGGCCGAGUCUUCUUUACUGGUCUGCGCUACCAUGGUUUCAACGAGACAUUCCUCGUUCAGCAUGGCGACAUCACAUGGCGCUACUGGCUUCGGCGAGUUCGAGAAUCCGACAUACGGAUUUCCAGAAGCGCGACGGAAGUCGCGAGCGCUGACCGCGAAAAGAACGAUUCCCUUCCCUGCAGAAUCAACGUUAAGCUCGUUGGUCUGGAGUGGUUUGUAUACAACCGCAGUCCGGCCUACGAAUCCAUCCUCGCCAACCUCGUUGCUGGUCAUUCUCCCGCAUCCCCCCAUUCCAGCAAUCUCUUUGAUGAAAAAGACGGGGUAGAGAGUAAGCAUGCGGAGACGCAAACACCCAACGCACCAGCCGACGCGUCCUCCUCUCCAGGCAAUCAAAGCCGCCGCCGCCAAACCUCAGCGCAGACGAAGACGAGCCACAAUUCCGGCCCCGGCCCCGUCGAGGCGCACUCCAGAACCAAUUCAAGCAGCGUGGGUGCUGAAGACCAGGACAAGAGCGCAGCCUUACCAUUCUUCCUGCAACUGCUACCCAUCCAUGUCGAAUGCACGAAGCCGGCUCUCGUGAUGGGCAACGACAACACCAAGGCGAUCCUGAUUGUCAAGGCAAAUACGGCCAAUGUGGACGUCGAUGCUUCUGAGUCGAAGACCUGCGAUCGCUAUAUGCAGAUGUUCAAGGUGCAGCUGAAUCGUGCCGUGAUCGAAAUGAAGGAAAAUGACGCCUUUAAAGAGGAUCAAGAUUCUCGGGCAACGAGGCAGCGAGAGGAUGCCCAGGCGUCUGAACCACCGCCGCAAAGGUCGUUUCUCCGGCGCUAUCGGCGCAAGGCUAUCAGUUCUCUACGAAACAUGGUGCCUUAUUGGCGACGCUCCGUCGAGUCAUUCUCGGCCGAUUCUCGAGGAUUCUUCGGAACCGGUCCGUCAACGAUCCCAGCAUCAGGCCAAUGGCAAGGCUUGUCCAGGUAUCUCGACGACCAGUAUCUCGACGACAAAUCACGAUGGGCUUCGGCCGAGUACGCGGCUGUGCCCACGAUACUGGAUUCUCCAGAGGCUACCCUGACCUUGUACUGGGACGCCGUGAGCCGCGUCACGGAGCAAGCCGCUGUGACCCGCCUCAGCAGCUCAUCCAACAAUGUCAACGGCAGUACUCCACCCGCCUGGGGAAUUAACGUUUCUGUCAAAGGUGGGACAAUGAAUUACGGGCCUUGGGCAGACCGUCAACGAGCUGAUCUGCAGCGCGUGUUUUUUCCCUCAAUUGCCAAGGAUGCCUCCCCGGCGGUGGCCCUUCCGGCUGGCGCGUGGAGAGUUGCUACCCAAUUCAAAAUGCUGGUCGAACUGGAAGAUGCCAUCACUCUUCGCAUCCCGAUUCGAGAACAGUCUAGGAACUGGCGUUGGCGCGGCAAGGAGCCACCGAUACGACACUUGGAAGGCCUGACCAAACGAAGGCAGAGGAAUAAGUCCAAGAAAAACAGCAAAGGGGAGGGCUCAUCGGCGCGUCCUGCCGGUUGGCUCGAGAUCAAAGUGCCGGCCAACGCAACGGUGGCUUACACGAUGGACAUGCUCGCCAAACCGUCCGGUUACGAGAACCACUUGGACAUCGACCUGCCCAGUACGGAACUUUGGAGCAGUGUCAACCACGACAUACUCUGGAAGUCCGGCCCGCAGCGAAUAUCAUGCGAUCUCUCCAACCCUCUUCCCUGGAACACGCUUCGCAGCUGGCACUUCACCGUAGACUGUGACGAUAUGAAGCUGUAUCUGCUACGGGACCACGUCUUCCUUCUCACCGACCUGGUAGACGACUGGGCGAGCGGGCCGCCUUCAGAAUAUCUCGUCUUUACCCCCUACAAGUAUUACCUUCACCUCAACCUCCGACGAGUGCAGCUAUUCGUUAAUGUGAACGACGAGAACAUCAUCGACAAACCGACAGCCCUAGAUGACAACGCGUAUCUAAUACUAGCCACCCCUCUCCUCAAUACCGAGUUAACUAUCCCCCUCGACCAAUUUCGGCCAAACAAGACCACAAUCCCUUUUGAUAUCCGAACGAACAACGUCGAGUUGAGUCUGCACACACCUCAGUCCAGCACUCAUGCCGCUUUUCUCUCAUCCAAUGAACUUGGAUACGCGGAGGCACUCGUCGUCUCCGGAAGCUACCAGUAUAACUCGACAACUUCGCCCGCAAACACCGAUACCUUGGUUGUCAAGGUCCAUGGCCAAUCCCCAUACGCUUAUCUCUACGGCUUUGUCAUCAGGUAUCUCCUUCUACUCAAAGACAACUAUUUUGGAGACCACGUCCACUUCAAGACCCUGGAUGAGUACCAGGACCAGCUUCAGGCGAAGGAGCAGGGUACCAAGUCAUCUCCUGGCCCUCCGAGCAAGAAAUCAAAUGAUCUCGACAUCAUUCUGGCCCUCAAGGUAGAUGAUCCCCGGAUCAUGUUGCCAAUCAACCUGUAUUCGGCUGGUCGAUACGUUCAAUGCGAGUUGGCCAGCGUGUCGAUUGACCUUCGUUUCACCAACUACUACAUGGACAUGGAGCUCGACGUGAGUCCACUGAGCUUGUCCAUUGGCAAUCACGGGAACACAUUGGAGUCUCCAAGCUUAUCCUACUCCAACACGCAACUGUUCAUCGACGGCGUCCGUGUCUCUGGACACCGUGCGUUUGGCCUUCCACCUUCCGAGCCGACGUAUCUUUGCAACUGGGACGUUGCCGUGGGGGACAUUGACGGUGAAUGCACCCCUGACUUUCUUGCCUCUCUAGCCAAAGGUGGGGCAGCUUUCGCGUUUACGUUUGACGAUGUGGAAAACGCCUUGGUGCCGUACUCAUCUCUCGUCUUCUACGAUAUCACCUUUGUGCACCUGUCGGUGAACUGUGUUAAUCUCCGGGUCCACAUUGACGAGGCCGCGUUUUUGCUUUCCACGGGGCCCAUCAGUGUGAAUAGCAACGACUGGGCACGCUCACAUUACUCUAAGAAGGCAGUCGUUACCAUCCCUGGCAUAGAAAUAUCCUGCGUGGAUGCCGAGUCGGCUUCUAGACACAAGUCGUUGCACCAGCAUCCCGUCAAGACGAUGGCUUUCUUCAAAACGGACAUCCAUUUGACGACAAUCGGGAGGAAGUUUGGUUUCACGCAGGAACGCAAGGUCCAACAAGACUUGGUGCGCCGUGAAGAUCAACGAACGAGCCGAAUACCAUUCUUACUCCUCGAGGGACUGCACGACGAUUUUGUGCCGGAUUUGUUUGACCCUCCCGCACAAUGCUCACCGCUGCCUCUUCCUUACCCGGUUCUGGAUGUUGACAAUGAGAAACGAUCCUACCAAGGCUCUUCUGCUCCGCAGCGUUCGCAAGGCUUGAAAAGUCAGAGAUCAUUUCUGUCUCUAUCUGGUUCCAGCGGUAGUAGUGUUCUCAGCCGUCAAAACCGUCCUGAGGGUCGUGCGAAAUCGAAAGGCUUGCUGACAACUGAUGAACUCAACGCCAGCUCUCCAUAUGAUCGCAUGAACGACUCGGCGUCAUCUAAUCACCAGUCUGCAUCUCGAAUGGAGAUGGGAGAACCCAGCGUGAAGGAUGUUCACGACCACAAUUCCGUCGCGUUUUCGAGCCAAUACUUUGCCCCUCAUUUCCCCCUGAGGGAUGUCCAGCCAGACACGAGAGACGCCGCGUUUCCAAAUGAACGUGAAGUAUCAUAUGAUGAAAUCUUCCAACAGGCAACGGCCGACCUGGACGACAUUGACCCGCAAGAUCUCAGUGAGGAUCAUGCUCAUUCAAGUGUCCUGGUCGAAUUCCCAACCGGUUUAUCCGCUUUGGUUAAUCCAGAGGCGGUUCGGUAUGCCACUUCACUUCUGUCAGAGCUGCAGCCGAGUGAACCGGACGACAUCCUGGACGCUCUUCAGAUAAGCUCAAUUAACGAGGUUUUUGGUGCCAGAAAGCAGGAGCAUGUACGCGGAAAGAUUCUGGACCUGCUCGUCAGAUUGCCGCAUGCAAAUGUUCGCUUCCUGAACUCUUCUUCUUCGGACACUCCGGAUGAUACCGAGGAGGAAGAGGAUCAGUAUAGUGUACUGUUGUCUGGAAUGGCCGUGCUAACCCGAACUGUCAGCGAGUGUAUCGAACCAACGAGCUCGAGAACUUCAUUGCAUUUUCGUCUGGAUUCUGCCGAAGUAUCUGCUUCUGAGCGGCCAACUUCACUGCACCGAACCCAAGCAGCCGUCAUGCUCGAAAUCGAAAGUGUCGUGGCGUCUCUCGGUACGAAGGACAUCAUGUAUAUCGAUGCCGAUGUAGGGUCUAUUGUAGGGAGCACUGCGUCGGGGAAGGUUGAAUACCUCGCUUCCCUUAUACACAGGACGGGAAGCGCCGCAUCUGACCUCGAGCGUCUCCUGGUCAAUACAACAUCUCGCCACAGCGCCCGCGUCAAGUACCUGACAUACCACCUCUUGGAGGAAGGCCAGUCGACAAACGAUCCUUCAUUUCUGAUUCGGCCAUCCGCGGUUCUCAGAUCCGCGCGUCGGCAUCUGCGAACAGUCGACUCUUGGAAGAUGAUUAUGCGGCUUCGUCAGAUCUGGGCAACCAUGGCAAGCGAACCCCGUUCGCAGCUACUCGCGGAUUGUAGGGGGACGUCAUCGGCCAUCCCCCCUCAUACCCCUGAGCUAGUGAUAGCUGCUUUCCAAAGGUGGCGCAGCUGGGAUCUGGAAGACGCCCAGAGUUCGGUAUUGCUGAAAAAUAUAUUCGGCCGUAUGCCAGGUGCCGAGUCGAAUGCGAAGGAGUAUCCGCUACUAGGUGCCUGCCGACUAGGCCAGAUGCGCUUUGUGCUAGAUCCCGGGCCGAAGCAGAACAAUAUCGGAUUCACUGACGUCAAUAUCAGAAUUGAAAAGACGGUGGAAAGGGCCAACAGCACUCUCCCCGAAGUGCCAGCUUUCAAGGGGCCGCUCACUGUUGUGAAUCUAUGCUGCAGUGAUGCUGCGAUUCACUUGAACUGGGAGCUUUGCGAGUUGGCGGAUGAUGUCCUGGCAUUGUACAACCAAAACAAGGCUCAACAUCUUGGCGAGCCAAAGACAGUGAAGCUGCCGGACCAGCCUCGUGAAAGGACCCUCUCCGCGAUUCACGUGGUACUUGAGGUGGUGAAAGGGUCUCUCGAUGUGGAAACGGUAAACCUUGCAUCGAAAACACUAGGUGAUGGGAUAAAGGCAUCGAUUUUGACGUACAACACGACGGAACAAAAUGCAGAAUUUGCGAGCUUGGUGCUGAAUUGCAACGCAGUCACAUCAAGAUUGCAUAGCCAAGCUGACCUCCUUGGCAUGUUCCAGCUGCGGCAGCCAAGUGUCUUCCUCUCACAUGAGUUGGAAGUGACCGACAACGUGCCGCUUCGCACGAUAAAGGCAACAGCGAGCAGCCAAGGCAUGGUGCUUGCCGUAAAACAGGACCUCAUUGUGCUCUUGGAAGUCCUUGAUCGUCUCGUCUUGGACGAGGCUGCUCAGUUGCAUCGCCUGCUAGCCCAGCUCCCGGAGACACCAAGGGAUUCCGGUACAGCCAAAGUGGUUGACCGCCUGUCCAAAGUGAGGAUCAACGCAGCCGUAUUCCUGGACGGAUAUUCCAUCACCAUCCCGCUUUUGGAGUCUCUGACGUACAAGAUCACGGGCGUUGUUGCCCGGGUGUCGUGCGCUGCGAACUACGGGCAAGAGCUUAUUUUUGACUUCGAUGUGAAAGAGAACUCUCACGAGGUACAAAUCGACGUGAGAAACGAGCCUCGAAGCAUUUCUCUAUUUCAUAUACCGCCUACCAACGGCCGAAUCAUGAAUCGAACGAACCAGUCAGAGAACGCGUUGACUGUUUCGUCCUCGGUCGAGGUGAUUCAGGUGGAUGCGUCGGCCAUUUACAGUCUCCUCGCGGCCCUCAACCGACCGCAGGUAUCCAACGCCACCCGAGAAGUGCAAGACCAGGCGUCGCUCAUCCAAGAACAUAUUUCUGACGUUUUCCGGCCAAGCAAACCGGCGAGCCCCAAGAUCCUUGCCCAAACAGCGUUAAAGUCGACGACGGAGCCGAGGGCUCAAAUCCUCUUCUCGCUGGACCAGGUUUACCUGCAAGUGUGCAACCAGCCGGACCCAAGCGCCCCUGCACUCGAGUACCCUGAGCUGCGUGUCAACUUGCGUCAGAUCGGCCUUGACAUCCGAAGGGGUAGGGAUGGGGCAAUGAGAUCCUGCGGAAGCCUGGGAACGAGCAUUACAGUAUCUGCCAGCCCCUGUCGUGGAGACGAUCGGACGGAAGAUUGGCAAUUUAACUUUCAUAGCGAUGACUUGGAUGUCAAUCUGUCCCCAGAGACAGUUUCAACUGUCAUCGAUGUUGUGGGUUACAUGGGGUCGAAGAUCAAGGAACUGGACACGUCCCGUGAGUUGGAAUAUCUGCGCAAGCUUCGGCAGUCCAAACCUCGAAUAACUAUCAACGACGGCAAAGAGUUGGGUGACGACACAGAUAUCCUAGACUCCGUUUUGUCGUCGGUGGUGUACAACUUUGAGCUACGAAGCAUUCGGGUCUGCUGGGAUGUUGCAGAUGUAUCAACUGAUCAGGAUUCCACCAAGGAAGACCUGGUGCUCUCGAUCCAGCUUAUCGAGUUCGGCACGAGAACGAGAAAGUCGGCCCGCCUCACGAUCGAGAACCUGCAGCUUCAGAGCGUGUCGCCGGGCCAGGACAAGAACGUGCGGUCACCGCACUCAGCCCUCUUACCUCAAGUCAUCUUCAACGUGGCAUACAUGUCAACCGCAGAAGCGAGACGCAUGGCUUUCCAAGCAACUGGAGAAUCAUUGGACCUCCGGCUGACGUCUGGUUUCAUCGUGCCAGCAGCCAACCUCGUGGAGUCGAUAUCUUUGUCCAUGAAGAAUGUGCAAAAUGCAUCGGCGCAGUGGACAACAGCCAGCACCAAGAAGAAGGGCGACGCCCAGCCUUCGCAGCGACAACGGAGUAUGCUGGGAAACAAACGGUUGGAGAAUCUCCUUGUGGACGCCGACUUUGCUGGUGCCGUGGUGUACAUCUCUAGCAAGGGCGGAGGUAGCGACUUUGAUGAGUCGCAAGACGCCAAGUACGACGAACCUGACCGCGGCGCCGUCCUUCGCAGCCCUGGUUUGGCAUGGAAAGCCGAAUACAGAGACAAUGGCGAGGAGGACCCGUCACUGCAUGGCGAGGUCAAGAUUGAUGCGUCGAGCAACAUCCUGUAUCCUUGCGUGGUGCCUCUCGUCCUAGACAUGAUGUCGAAUAUGAAGCGAGUCGUCAGCGAGAGCUCCAAGGACAGCCCGCCACCGCAGUCGGUGAUUCCGAAGUUGAAGCCUGAGAAGUCGGCGGACGAAGAUAACAUCCUCGCCGCGGACCCAAGCGCCGUCCUCGGACGGCUGAGACUCAACCUUGGCUUGCGCAUCUGCAGGCAGGAGUUCUCAUUGAGCUGCCAGCCCUUUGCUCGCGUGGCGGCAACGACAUGCUAUGACAACGUGUACUUCACCAUCAACACGGUCACGUCGCAGGAGCAGGGCAACUUCUUUGCCAUCUCCGGGACUCUGACCAAGCCACGGGCCUCGGUGCAGCACGUCUACUCGCGAGAGUCGACGGCAAGUUUCGAGCUGGAGACGGUAACGCUCUCUUUUAUGAACAGCAAGCACGUUAGCGGCACGACGGGUGUGUCGGCGAUCCUGAAGGUGAGCCCGAUGAAGGUGUCGGUCAACGCCAAACAGCUGCAGGACUUUCUCCUGUUCCGGGAGAUUUGGUAUCCGGAGGACCUGCGCCGUGCGCCGAUGGCGCCGGUUGCAAAGCUGGAGACGGAGACGUCGCAAGGCCACCUGGUUCAGCGGUACCAACAGGUGGCAGCCACGGCGGCGUUCCCCUGGACGGCGACGAUAUCCAUCGCUGCCCUUGAUGUGAACGUCGAUCUUGGGCAAGCGAUCGGAAAGUCGGUCUUCCGGAUCAACGAUUUCUGGGUGUCGUCGAAGAAGACGUCGGAUUGGGAGCAGACACUGUGCCUCGGGUUCGACAAGAUCAGCGUUGACUGCGCGGGUCGCCUGAGCGGGUUUGUCGCGUUGCAGGAUUUCCGGCUGCGCACAUCCAUCCAGUGGCCCCAGAGGGAGGAAGCGUUGAACGAGACUCCGCUGAUCCAGGCUUCGCUGGGUUUCAACGCCUUGCGAGUCAAGGCAGCCUUCGACUACCAAGCCUUCUUGGUUGCCGACAUCACCUCGCUGGAGUUUUUGAUGUACAACGUCCGGCAGAAGCUGGAGGGCGCGGCAGAUCGACUGGUGGCCAUUUUCGACGGCGAUGCGGUGCAGGUGUUCGGCACGGCGACAUCGGCGGCGCAAGGUCUCGCACUGUACCAGGCGGUGCAGAAACUCAUCCAAGAGCGGAAGGAAAACUUUGAGGCUUCUCUGCGGGACAUGGAGAAGCUGAUGAAGCGGACAUCGAACCCGUCACCGAACGCUUCUCGGCCGUCUCGGCCCGCUCCGAAGCUGGUGGAGAGCGACUCGAUGGCGAAGUCUCCCAUCUCCCUGGACACGGACGUGGUGGUGACGCUCAAGGCGCUGAACCUAGGCGUGUUUCCCGGCACCUUCUCGGACCAUCAAGUUUUCAAGAUGGAGGCGCUCAACGCGUACGCGCGAUUCGCGGCCAGCGUCGAGCAGCGGCGGAUUCACAGCAUCCUCCGCAUGACGCUGGGCCAGCUGCGCAUCGGAUUGGCCGGGGUACGGGAUGUCGAAGCGCCGAAGACGCUGAGCGAGAUGACGGUCGAAGACGUCGUGCAGCGAUCGACGGGGUCUCGAGGGGGCACCAUCCUCAAGGUACCGCGCGUGGAGGCGGUGAUGGAGACGUGGCAGGCGCCCAACAGCAACCACAUCGACUACAUCUUCAAGAGCGCAUUCGAAGGUAAGGUGGAGGUCGGAUGGAACUACUCGCGCGUGAGCUACAUACGCGGCAUGUGGGCAAACCACUCGAAGUCGCUCGAGCAGACUUGGGGUCGGCAGCUGCCGAUGGCGGCGGUCAAGAUCACGGGAGUGCCGGAGGCGGAAAAGGAGCAGCAGGAGGGCGAGCAGCAAAAGAUUACGGCCGAGGUGCACGUGCCGCAGUCCAAGUACGAGUAUCAGGCGCUGGAGCCGCCGAUCAUCGAGACACCGCAGCUCAGGGACAUGGGAGAGGCGACGCCGCCGCUGGAAUGGAUCGGGCUGCACAGGGACAAGCUGCCGAACCUGACACACCAGAUCGCCAUUGUGUCACUGCUCGAGCUGGCCGGCGAGGUCGAGGACGCCUAUUCUCGCAUUUUGGGGUCGUCGUGA